AUGGAGCAGGAACGUGGGGAAGGGGAAGGCGUGGGGAAGGGGAAGGAAUGUUAAGGCUGCAGCUUCUUGUGAAGUUUUUUGGUAGGAAUUGACGUAUUCAUCAAUUACUGAAGAAUUAUUUUUCCAUAUCUACAGUGACCAUCGAGUACACAUGCAACAUCUACUAUGGAACAACAACAACAACAACAACAACCAAGAAUUGAACCCCUCUAAUCCAUGAUGAGCGAAUAACCCCGAAGACAGACGCCCCGUCAGCAGAACAAGACACGCUACUUUUAGUGGAUAAGAUUGAGGUGGAAAGCAAAAGGAAACGCAGAGUGGCGCGUGCUUGGGCGAAGAUUCUACAGUUACUGGAUCGUAGUGCCCGCAUCAAAGAGAAGCUAGAAGACGUGAAAAGAGAGCACAACGAGGAGGACAACUCGGAUUUGGUUUUGCACACAAAGGAAGCCAGAUGGGAAAAGCGGUUUAGGGAAGAGAAGUUGGCUAUUCAGACGGGUGAUGGUUCUACUCUGGACAAGAUCAAGACGUCGUCCUCGUCAAGUAGUGGAGGAUCAAAGGCUACUACUGAAAAAGGCACUGGCGGUAAAGGAGCGCUACGACUCGAUCAGCAAGAGGAAGACCCUUUCGUCGAAAUGGCGAGGAAAACACCCAUCGAAAGGCGAAAACGACAGCUCCAUUUUGAACGACUCAGGCAGACGGACUUUCGGAAAAUAAGAGGAGUCCCGAGUGAAUUCUGGAUGUCGCCAGAAGCAUUAGAAACGCUGCACGACCUGCCGUUGCUCUUUGCCUUGCCGAUAUACGAUUAUUAUGACUGAAGAUGAUUUUAACUUUUUGAAUUUGAAUUUUUUUUUUAGCUGCCUCUAAUCCCUCGUCAUCUCAAACUCUCUCCGUCUCUUCGGCACUUUUGUCGAAAAUGAACUCCAGUUUCUGACUGGCUUAACCAUCCCUGGAGACGUUUUCGUAGACGUGGGCGCGAACAUGGGAGCUUACGCAAUACCUAUGUGCAAAUGGUUAAGUCUUGGUGGCAUCCCCGAAUGGCAUCCAGCUUCAAGAAUACGACACUUAGAUGUGGAGAGGGAGAGGAAAGACUGGUGGGGAGAAAAAGAAGCCGGGAAAGUGGUUGAUAGGAGUGGUGGUGGCAGUGAUAUUGGUGGCAGUGAUACUACUACUUCUACUUCUGGAAAAGGAGGCCUCGCUGAUGAAAAAACACUUACAGCAAGUGCAAGCGGCAAAGGCACUCAGAAAGGAUCAUCUGCCACUAGUGCAGCAGAAACAACAAUAUCUCCUGCUUCAACACAUCAGCUUACACAAGACGGACUUGCUGCCGCAACGAAGUACGAGCCUGGUCACGUGUACGCGUUUGAACCGUUUAGAUUGCUGUUUCAGAAGUUAAAUGGAAAUGCAGCGAUUAACGGUCUAGAGAAUUUGCAUGCCUUCAACUUCGGAUUGGCAGAUGGGCAUAAGGUGUUGAGAAACAUACCGGGGCCAGACAUGCGGAAAUUGAAUUAUCAUCAGAUGGUAUGGCUGAAGACAUUUAUUGAAGCCGUGUCUGGAAUCGGAAGUUGUUCGUUUUCAUUUCAAAAAUGUUGGUGAAAGCAUUUCUGAGUUUGCUAUACUUGAUCCGUCAAAAAAACUAUCACACAAUUUGAAGUACUAUGAAGUUUCUACCCUAUAAUGCUUUAUACCCCAACAGGAUCUACACCAUCUGCACACCCCACUCUUUCAUCCUCCUACGUAACCGAGCGCUUGCAACGUGCUAGCCAAGACGCCUGGCGGUCACAUCAUGUAGAACUGCGGAUACACCUUCAUCCCCUUGAUAGUCUCUACUUCCGCGAAGAGUGUCUUCCGAAAUCGUCCUGGGGUCCUCAGACAUUGGCGCAGAAAAUGCGAGAUGGCUUUUUCGGGACACAGGAUGAUGGGAGUAGUAGUGGUCUGGAGAGUUUUUAUGACACACUAGGAAGUGGAGAUGCUCCUGACACACUAGGAAGUGCGAGUCCGUCUUUUGACUUGCAACAGUUUUCAGAGCGGACGGGAGUAGUGGAGUGUCCGAAUAAGAAGUAUUUGGAAGGGGAGAUAGAAGAAGAACACCCCCUCUUCUCCGCACUCCCAAGAGAAGCAGUACCCUGGAACGACUACCUCAGGCACAACCGCAUGGACCUUCUCAAAGUAGACAUAGAAGGCCAUUUUGAAGCCUUCUUUUUUGGCGCUUUCCACACGCUAGAGUACUUCAAACCAACGGUAGUCUUUGAAAACGACAACCCAGACGAAAAGAUACCCCACAUCCUGUCGCACGUGUUGGGCUACACGUGUGUUAAGAUGCCAGCGACAUUGAAUGAUGAUAUGGUGUGUGUCGUUGUGUAGAGGUGGAAUCCUCAGCUCGGACAAAGAUGUUCUUUUUAGGUAGAUUUUUUUGAUAAGAUUUUUUUCAGUUCUUGAUUUUAGGCAGUAGUAAGAGCAGCAAGCUCUCUCUGGGGAUAUUUCUUCAUGGUUCAUUCGGGGGUUCACAACUGGGGUUCACAACGAUGCGUUGUCACAAGCAAUGGUUCAUGCAUUUUUUAGCGAUUGUUCUUACGUUAUGGCUGCUAGCGGCGAAACGUAUGAAGAUUGGUUUAUUGUUGCGCCACCCGAUACACGAACACCCAACUAGGG